AGAUACACAAUCACCCCCAAUUCAUAUUGAUUCAUAUGCGCAAUAUAUUUCACAUUUAGCUCCCGUAAGCAUAGGGAUAUCGUGUUUUCACUACGAUCAUAGCCAAUCGCGCGUAUUUUUUCAUGUGACAUGAAAGUACGAGAAGUGAGGAAAAUCGACAAAGAUACACAAUUGACCCCCAGAAGUGAGAUAGAAUAGAGUGCCCUGAUUGGUAACGCGUCUCGCUCGCGCAUGUGCAGUUCAUUUUUGGCUACGGUAACAUCAAAGGUGCCGACGGAGAGUUGCGCUACUGUAUAUACUGUGACGUUGGACGUGUAAGAAACAUAACCUCACGUGACUUAGAGAAUAGAAUCGUUCAGCAAUAACCGCUCACUCAACGGUUGUCGCAACAUGUUCGAAAUAAAUUGAGUUUGCUGAACGUAGCCAUGACAUAAGAAAACUCGUAUCUAUCAUAUAAAUUAAUAUGAAUGUUUAAAACAUGCCUGGAGCCAAACGAAACGUUGUCGGUCGGACUGGGUCAUUUGUUAGAUCCAGUAACGUUAGUUCAGCCAAUAUCAAUGGAAGAAGCAAUAGUGGAGAAAGAGCAAGUACCAAUGGUGCAGAAGACAAAAGGCUUGACGAAAUUUAUGGUGGAAGGUCUCUGGCACCAAAACACAUUCCUAUACCUGCGGUACCAGUCGACGGACAGUUGGGCUUUGAAGCGUUAUCUUUUGUCGUUUCAAUUAUUGCAGCUUGUCUGCAAUUGCUUAAUCUAUAUAGAACUGUAUGGUGGCUACCAAAUUCUUAUAAUGGUUAUACUAUGAAUUUUUAUUUGAUAGAUCCUUAUCUAGUUGUAUUUAUUUUUACUACGGCGGCAUAUAGAUUCUUGUAUAUGUUAUUGCGUCAGAUCAUUGAUGUUUCAUUGCCAAUUCAAUUGGUAUCUGCGAAAUUGACAAUCCGAAACAUUAUAAGAUCAUCUCUAUUAGUUGUUGUUAAAAGCGUGUUGGGCUGGAGUCUGUAUCAUAUGAUUGAGAAGCACAAUUCUAUGAAAAUUUUUUAUUUAUGUUAUCCAAGUUUGUCAGUAUAUUUUGUUAUGUUUGGAAUACAGACAACACCAUUUUCUGAUAUAUCAUACUCCAGUGAAAAUGAAGAACGAAAAACAAAGUAUGUAUUAGAUAAACCUUUGCACAAUUGCUCACUAAACGCAUCAGCCAUUAGAGCAGAAGUAUACACUUUAAGAUUGGAUUUUAACAGACGAUUAAAGCAAGCUUUAUUUUCGUCUUCCGCUAGUGUGUAUGUUUGUGUAGUUGCACCUAUUAUUUUUGUACCUCCAUAUUUACAUUUUAAUGUAAUGUGGGUAGUACAGCAUGUAAUCUUAUUCUGGCUCGGAAGGAUAUGCGCAUACUUUGCUCAAGUUUAUCCUUUCAGAUAUUGUGAUGAGCUACAUAGGGCAGCGAUGCACUUAGGCCGAUGGGUCAAAAUAGAAAAUCGCAAUAAUCACAUAUAUGCCGAACCGUGGAAUGAAACGAUAUUGUGGUCUCAAGGAUCAAUUGUAAGCCACAAUCAAGAAGUUUAUCGCUCUGAAGGUUUAUGUACAGCAGCGGAACCGGGUAAUCUAAGUCACUCUAGAUUUUAUGGUUUAUUUAAUAACCGAGUAACGCUUCUGAGUCCAAUACUGGCAUUGCAAUUAUUAUUGGUAAACAUUCAAUUAUUUAUUUUAUUAGGUGUGACCGAAUGGUAUCAAAUAUUAUCGACAAUAUUAUUAUUAAUUAUACAUUAUUACACUUUGUUCAAAAUGGCUAGAGAUUUUCUAGUAUCUUGGAAAGUGUAUCGUGCUGAACAAAUAAUUCAAGAAAAAUUUCAAACAGUUGUAAACUCAGUUGCUCAAUAA